GCCGUUUUGAUUUCUUUGAUUUCUUUGUCGAUAUGUUUUAAAUACCCCGUACAUAGGAAGGCCAUCUUGAAUAAUUUGUGUUUUGGAAAUUUACAAUCGCUCUCUUGCACUCCCUGACUCACUCGCAUUUGGUGGAAGCUACAAUCCAAAUCCUACCAAGAGGGGCGAGGCGAAAGUGAGACUUCACAACCCAACAUAUACUUUGAGAAAGGAACAGAACUUGUAACAGGCAAAAUGCCAGGCUUGGGUGGAGAUGGCACGUCCAUUUCUCUCUCUUCUGUGCCUGAGAAUGGCCAGACAGCUUUUGUCUAUGGCACCUUGAUGGUCCCUCAGAUUUUAUACCGCGUCUGUUACGGUACCGAAAAUCCUCUCCCGGAACUCGUCUCUCACCUGCGUCUUUCUACAGCACUUCUGCGAAACUAUUCGCGCCGAAAGGUUCGCAAUGCGGACUUUCCUGCUAUCAUUGCACAGAAAAACCAUACGGUGCUCGGGACUCUGAUAACUGGCCUUAGCAAGGCAGAUGUGAAGUGGCUGGAUCAGUUUGAAGGUGAUAUGUACAAACGUGUGUUUGUGAAGGUAGAGGCGCUCAAGGCCGAGGUGUUCGACGCACAUGGGAACAUCAAAGCGGAGGAGAUGGAGAAGGUCAACGCAUCCAAGGAAGGGGAAAGAAACAUGGUGAGGGCGGAGACUUAUGUUUGGGAUCUGAGUAAGGACCGACUUGAGUGUGAAGAGUGGUUAUUUGCCGAUUUCCGCCGCGAGAAGAUGAAGAAUUGGGUUGAUGGACCUGAGAAUGAUGGGACCGUCGACCACUACUACGAUUCCGGAACAGGAAAGGGGAGCGAAGACGGCGAUGGAAAAGAAGGGGUAACCGAAGUAGAGAAGGGAUUGGAAAUUGAAGAGGCCCACGUUGAAGACGAGGAACAAGAAAAGCGCCGGAUCGCCUCGGUGGUCGCCGGCAUCGCUGCAAAGGAAGCUGAGGACUGUGAAUCGGAUGCAUUGAAGAGCGCAGUGUGAGCGGUUGGCUCCGACGAGCAUCGACCUUGUAUGGAUCUAAAUGCUCGUCCCGCAAAGACACAGUUGUAGAUCUGAAAUUACCCAUAGAUGCAAUAGAUGCUCAGCAAUGUGUGAUACGUAGAGAAUUGGAAAACGUUGACAUACGCGUGGAG